UCAAAAAUGCCUUCUUAUGACACCGUAUCAGUAGUUCUCGAUUCUGGGUCUUUAUCUACCAAAGCUGGAUUUGCUGGAGAAUCCUUUCCUCGUUGUAUAAUACCAACAACAGUUGGAAGAUUUCGACAGCACGGUUUGACUGAUGGAACAUCAGAUGUAUAUUUUGGCAAUGAAGCGAUAAUUAAACGAGGGAUAUCAAAAAUGACAUGGCCAGUCAAAAAUGGAAUGAUAGAUAAUUGGGAUGAAAUGGAGAAACUGUGGCAUCACAUAUUUUACAGAGAACUUCAUAUUGCUCCAGAAGAAUCUCAGAUAAUGAUUGCUAUUCAUCCAUUAACUACAAGAAAAGAUAAAAAAAGAAUGGCGGAAAUACUUUUCGAAUCUUUUACAAUUCACGAUUUGUAUUUGGCAGUAUCUACCUCAUUGGUAUUACAUGCCAGCGGUAGGACUUCAGGAGUUGUCUGGGAAAAUGGUCACUUAUGCUCAUAUGCUUCGCCAGUGUUCGAAGGUUUCCCUUUGAAGCAUGCAACUGUUUGUUCCAAAAUAAAUGGAAACAUUUUGACGGAUCGUCUUCAGAAUCUUCUUAGUCAGAUCGGUUAUUCUUUUACAACUCCAACUGAAAGAGACAUAUUGGAAAAAAUUAAGAGUGGAUUAUGCUAUGUGGCAACAGAUUAUAAUAAAGCAUUAACCACAUCAAAAAGUACUAAAGAAAGUGUCCCUUUUAAUCUUCCUGAUGGCCAGCAUGUAUUGAUUGGCUCAGAAGCAUUUGAUUGCCCUGAAUUGCUUUUUCAGCCAAAAUUACAAGAGCUUGAUUGUCCUAAUAUAACGGAUGUUAUUUGCUCAAGUAUUUACAAGUGUGAUUUGGAGUACAAAUCGCUUUUUUUCCACAAUAUAGUAUUAUCUGGUGGUUCAAGUAUGUUUAAAGGGCUACCAGAACGCUUGAGUGUUGAAUUGACUAGAAGAGUUAUAGAUUUGCCAGGUAUACAAGCGAAAGUCGUUGCAAUGCCUUCAAGGAACUUAGGGGCUUGGAUUGGAGGAUCUAUUGUAGCGUCACUCGAAUCUGCAAAAGAUUUUUGGAUGACAAGAGACGAAUAUGAGGAUGGUGGAGCAGAAAGAGUUCUUUAUAAAUUUUAUUAAUACACUAUAGAUUAAAUAUUAAUAUAUUAAAUUGUGUUAUGAAAAUGUGGAAUAAAUUACG